AUGAGGGCAGAAAGCUCCCCCUGGUUUGUGGCGUUCUUUGCUAUGGUCCCUGAUAUUUGCUCUCAGGGUCUGACCGAGCAAUGGUCGGGUGCCGGCUGCUCCCAGGAACGUUUGCGGGACCAUGCUGCUGCCAACGCCCAGCGACUGCGGCUGGGUGCCAGCCCGCCCCAGAAAAAGUUCACGCGAUCAUUUCAGGGAGAGUGCCUCUGUGGAGUAGAGUUGUGCCAGAUCAUCCCUGGGGCUGCGGGCCAGCCUAUCAGUGGCUGGUUUGGACAGGUGCUCAUUCCUGGUCCAACUACAGCGGCUGGUAUUGUCACGAGGGCUAUAGUGGUAUGCUUCACCACAGACCACUGGCUGCUCAGCUUGGGCUCAGGACCUGUAGCAAUUGGAGCUUUGAGCAUCAUAGCAUGUGAUGGGGAAGAGUACAGCAAACACCAUGGUACACUGCUAGAAAGGGAAGCAGCUGGCAGGUGCAGUAUCCUCAGCAGGUGCCUGACAAAUCAGACCAUCCAGCAUCUGCUGCAGUCAGUCUUGCUUGUGAGCCCACAGGGGACACUUCCAGAAAUAAUUCAUGGGUACCAAGAUACUUUGGAGUGGAAGAAUGAUGCCCCUUGGCUCACUAUCUUCUUCAUAACCAUCUAUGUGCUCAAAUCCUUGAGAGUAAUUAUGCAGAGGAGCUUAAUGUUUGCAGUGCUGGGAGAGUGGGUGCAGGCCAAAAGGCUGUCAUCAGUGGACUUGAGUCUCAUCUGCCUGGGUAUUUGCUGCUUCUGUCUACAAUGGGCAUCUGUCCUAUACAAUUUUUGCUCCUAUUUUAACCCUAACUAUGUAUUUUGGUACUUAUCAAUCACCUGAGAAUUUACUAAUACUCUUACUUUCUGGUUAACCAGCUUGCUUGCUGUCUUCAACUGUGUCAAAGUCUCUUCCUUUACCAGUCACCUCUUCUAGCUGAGGUGGAGAAUGUUGAGGUUUGUUCCUUGGCUGUUGCUGGGUUCUUUGUUGGUUUUUUGUGUGUCAAUCAUCUUUUCAACUAUUAGGAAUUGUGUCAAUGUUCGCUUAAUCACCGUGGGGUGUUUCUCUACAAACAGCACUAUGGUUAAGGGACUUAAGACAUUCCAUUUGUUUACCAUAUCUCAUCUAAUGGUUGCAUUGGUUAUUCCUUUCCUCCUGUUCCUGGCCUCCACAAUCCUGCUCAUGGCCUCACUGUUCCAACACAUGGAAAUGCAACACCAUAGCACUGGUCACUGCAGCUCCAGCAUGAAAGCUCACACCACUGCCCUCAGGUCUCUCACCAUUUUCCUCAUCCUCUUCACUUCUUACUUGCUGACCCUACUCAUCUCUAUUAUGAGUAUCUCAUUGGAUAAAAGGUCUUGGUUCGGGGCUUGGGGAGCUGUCAUCUGUGCUAUAGUCUCUAUUCACGCCACUUAACUAAUGCCGAGCAUCCCUAAAUUGAAAAAGUUUUCAAGAUAAGGUGCUGGAGCCUAGAGACUGACUGAGGCACAGGGUACAACAAGACCCCUGGGUAAAUGGGAGUAUGCAUUGACACAACUAAUACCAAUAACCAGCAUUAUUCUUGACAAUCCCCCACGUAAUAGUAAUACACCAUAUGUGCAAGCCUUAUUCUCCUUCAUCCCACAGCCAUCUAUCUCUAAUCAAUUCUUUCUCUAUUCCAUGGCACUCCUUCAUUUGCUUUCCACAAUCACCAUGUUGGUCCCAACUUUCUCAUGCAUUUUUAUUUUAUCCUUUUCAUGACUGCCAAUUACUUUAUGCAUUAAUAUGAAUCCCUUCCCCUCAAGAAUUUAUUGCCCACACCCUGAAUAUUCCCCAUGCUAACCCCUCAAUCCACUUUCCUAAACUUAGUCAAGAAAAGGUCUUGCCAUCUCUCUCUCUCUCUCUCUCUCUCUGCUGCUACUGCUUCUAAACCUUUAUCCAAUGACAUAAAUUUUCUUAUUUGGUUCUCUACCAAAUACUGUCCCUUAAUUCCUCUAAAACUCAAGUCAAAAAUGAACGCCUCUUUUAUUUUCAUUCACCAAGAAACUAUACUCUUCCCAGAAUAGCAGACUACUGACCCAGUCUGGGUUCAUCCUAGAACCUCUCCAAAUAUUGGCAACCUAACUGGGUCAAUUGUAGAUAGUUUCCAUUGGUUGGAUACUUGCCUCUCUAUUGUACUACAAAUUGGACAGAACUUUCUAGGAAGAUUCCUAGAUUGAGGCUUAGCUGGUUUUCGAUAUAUAACCCAGGGGUCAGCUGGGAAACUCCUCUUACUUUGUAAAAUCUGAAUUACAUUGGCUUAAAUUUUCUAUUCUCUUCUAUAUGUGCUCGGUCAUAGUCCAAAGUCCUCCUCAAAUGGGUAAGAAUAUAAGAGUUGCAUAGUACUCAAUUAAAAAUCACCUGUAGGACUUUCCUGUGCUUUGGAAGCCCUUUUCAGCCUUCUCAAUCCCACAGAACUCUCUCAUAUUCUUUCCUUUGCAAAAACUAGCCCCACUCUCUUCCCAUGACAUCUUGUUCAUCAUUUCUCCCCUCUUCACCCUGGCCCACCCGCAACAAAGUGUCUUGGCAACACCCAACUCUCAGGCCUUUGGGUCUCAGCUUUUGUCUGCUCCAGGCACUUAUCAAGGUAUUUUUCCUAAAGACAGCUUCAUCUCUUAAGGCAUCCUGGUGCCUGAGGUUUCACCUUUUAUAUGAAUCAAGCAUGUGUGAUGAACUGAAAUUCUGGCUCUCUCACUAGAAGACUGAAGCACCUGCUGAGAAAAAGCCAACCUAUCGGGAAAAGGACACAGUUAUCUCAAGCUAGACUGUGAAAGAAAGACUUAGUCCCUGGAAGGGAAUGGAAAUUCCCAUCUGGUCUUGGGUAUGUCAUUCCAAUUUGUCUCCAAGUAAAGCCAUCCCUUAAAUUCACAUUUGAAACUGAGGAUGUGAGGGGCGCCUGGGUGGCACAGUCGGUUAAGCGUCCGACUUCAGCCAGGUCACGAUCUCGCGGUCCGUGAGUUCAAGCCCCGCGUCGGGCUCUGGGCUGAUGG